CGUCAAUGACAGGCCUUGAUUGGUCUCCAGACCGGCAUCUACCGUUUUGAUAUUUUUCCUCGUUAAAAUUCGGAUGCUGAAUCUUCGGUAUUUUCAGGGUCAGCGACGAAGGUCGCGGAGUAAAUAUUCCUUACUCGGUCUCGAUCCCACGUUAGGCCAAUCCACUCGUACUUGGAUGCACUUACACCGUUGCUCUCUCUCUGCCGGUCGACUCCAUCAUCGCAUCGAAGUGGUUAACAGAUUCCUACGCCAGUUCGUUUCACCUGAAGCUUCACGAAUCCGAAGCUACCAGAAGCCGUUAACUCGCGACGUUAUCGUUAGCCUUCACGAACCGUUAGUUGUCGUAGUCGCGAGAUGGACCGUCGCUCGUUGGCCAGAGCACCAGGUGCUCGCCAGUCAUGGUCGCUCGUACGGCAUGCUUCGCUAGCGUCGCAACGACUUUCGUUACUAUCGCUAUUCUUGCUGAUCCUGGUCGCGUGCCCGGCAUCCGUAAACGCUCAGUCGCCGCGGCAAGGCUGCGAUAACAGCGUGGAAAUGGUCAAGCUGAUCGUCCACGUGGGAGGCAACGCCACGACUGGCGACGAUGACGCGCAGAUCCUGGCCCUCACGGCCAGCUUCGGCGCAGGGCUCCCUAAGACCAAGCCUGAGGCGCUCUCCUUCUCCCUCGCCCAAAUGCAACCCCUGCUAGCCUGCUCCGACCCCUCGCCUCCGCUACCCUCAUUUCACGGCCAGGCCGUGCUGGUGCAGAGAGGGGAGUGCAGCUUCGCCUCCAAAGCCCUCCGCGUUCAGCAGCUGGGAGCAGCUGCUGCCAUCGUCAUCAACAACGAAGAAGGCAUUCUCGGCAUGGGGUGCAACGCGACAGACCUGGCAGCAGGCGACGUGACCAUUCCAGUCAUCAUGCUCUCCAACUCCUCCGGCCAAUUCCUCCUCCAAGCCCUCGCCAACUCCUCCUCCUCCUCGCCUUCCUCCCCCUCCUCGCCUUCCUCCCCCUCCUCGCCUUCCUCCCCAGUCACCAUAUCCCUCUACGCCCCUCCCCGUUCUCUCCUCGAUCUCGCUGAGCUCGUGCUCUGGGCUCUCGCGCUGCUGUCCCUUGUGGGGGCCUCAGCCUGGGCUGCAGCAGAGGAGAAAGCGGCGUUGGAAUUGAAGGCUGGCAGUGGGCAGUCGGGGGCAGAGCAGCCCCAGGGUGAGGCGUCAGGCGCGUUUGACAUGUCGGUGGGGUCGGCAGUGGGGUUCGUGGUGAUGUCGUCCGUCAUGCUGCUGCUGCUCUUCUUCCUCAUGUCACCUGUCGUCUUCUACAUCAUCCUCGCACUCUUCUGCUUCGCUGCCUUGGAGUCACUACACGUGUGCUUGUCAUCACUGCUCUACAGAAUCUUCCCCCUCCAGUCGUCUCUCGGUGCCUCCCUGCCCUGCCUUGGCUUCGUCUCCUGGCUCUCCCUCGCCUCCUUCCUCUUCUCCCUUGCUCUCACCGUCUCCUGGGCUAUUUUCCGCAACCACCCCGACGCAUGGGUGGCACAAGACAUUCUGGGCAUCGCUCUCAUGAUCACUGUGCUGCAGGCUGUGCGGCUGCCAAACAUCAAGGUGUCCACGGCACUGCUCUCGCUCGCCUUCUUCUACGACAUCUUUUGGGUCUUCAUCUCGCCUCUCUUCUUCAACGGCAAGAGCGUCAUGAUCGAGGUGGCAACAGGGGAGCGCACGGGAGGGGAAGGCAUACCCAUGCUGCUGAAGGUGCCUCACAUCAUGGACCCCUGGGGGGGAUACUCCGUGCUGGGGUUUGGGGAUGUCGUGCUGCCAGGGCUUCUCAUUGUCUUCACUAGAAGAUAUGAUUGCAUUACAAAAAAGAUGGGAAUGGAUGGAUACUACAUGCCUGCAAUUCUGGGCUAUGCAGCAGGCCUGCUGCUCACUUUUGCUGGGCUGUUUCUUAUGAACGGCAACGGACAGCCAGCUCUGCUCUACCUUGUCCCUUGCACUCUCGGCGUGAUUGUGGUGCUGGCGUGGCGACGAGGGGAGCUGAGUGCACUCUGGAACCGUGGAGAAGAGAGUUCCGAGCCCAGGGUGUCUGAGGAUGAGGAAGAGCCGCUGGUUGGACCAGGCCCGGCCCGCACCAGCUUAACUGAGGGCAGGAGAAAGGAUGUCCUCCACAAAGGUUCUGCAUUGUAGCUUUUGAGAAAAGAGAACAGUUACCUCGAGUGUGAUGUGCUUUACAGCUGUUACAUGUAGUGCCGGAGCUUGAAGCAAGGCCUACUCGGCUGGCUCCUCCCCUUGUGAAGUUGAUGUACAGAACAGGAAAGCCAACUGCGAGAAAGUCUGUUGUUCAGCUCUCUGCACCUCUUGGGUUCUACAUUAUUCAACCUUGCCAUGCACAU